AUGGCUAAUUUGGAUAAAAUUUCUGUUUAUUUCUUCUUAGCAAGAGUAUCUAAGAGGCUUCAAAAUAUAGAUACUUUUAAAAUUCCUACUAGAAAGGAUCUUGCAGAUAUGAUAGUAAUGUCAAGUAUAAGACCUGCAGAAUAUCCUAGUUUGCUUACAAGAAUUGCAUUGAAACAAAAAUCAGAUUAUCUUAAUGCAGAUGAUAAUUAUGCUAUAGGCAAUACAGAAUCAGAAGAGUCUAACUCUGAAUCAGUGACAAGCAACA